AUGCCACCAAAAAAGAAGCAAAAGCUUGAAAACCCUACUUGCUUACAUACCUGCAACAAGACUUCCUUUGCAAAAGCUUUCCUGCCAAACGACAUCUACCGCCAACGGCUUUUAGAUUACAUCGCCAUCAUCCAUCAACUUGCUGACCAUGCUUCCCACGCUCUCAAAUUCUACAUCCUAUCUGCACCAUCCUUUCCCACGUUAGAUCAAGAUACAAUCGAAGCGAUUCUCUAUCUUCUCAACAAAGGAGAGGCUUGGCAACCAAAAGCUGAUGCAAAGAAGGCGCUACGUGGAUGCUUGGUGCCAUAUAUUCGUCGGUACUGCCACAUCGUCAGCUUCGUUCAUCCAAAUCUACAAAAAGAGCAGCAGUCAAUCAAUUACCUGACAGCGAGUAUGAUGACGAACCUGAAAGUCAACGUUCAAGAGCAUUUCAUGCAGAUGCUCCUUCGGUAUAUCAAUCUGCGGCUCGAUGUGAAGGGACAGAAGCAGCGACUGCCACUGAAAAGCGAUGCACGGAAAGCUUUCUUUACUCGACUACGCUACUUAAAGUCAGUUUUUCUUUUUGAUAUCGUGCCCGAGUCGCUGGAUGACUUGACCGCUGAAGAGAGUGAGCUUCUAGAAGAGAUGUGGUCCUUCAUUCCCCUUUCCGACCAGCCGCUCGCAUAUUCGGUUGCUGUUGACCCUCUCGCUUUCUUUCCUGCUUACUGCAAACUCUCUGUGCUGUAUGAACGACAUGGCUUCCGUCGGUUCAGCGCAAUACCUCUUCGUCGGUCUCUGAUUCAGUCCCAUAUUCGCAUCGACACGGUCAUCCUGUACCAGCAUAUCCUUUGCAUCACGCGACGGGAAGCGGAAACUGUUGAAAAGGUCGACUUAUGGUUGCGCAUCUGUAAUCUGCGGAACAAGGCUUUUAGAUCUCGUCGUGGAAUGUGUUUUGAAGGCUCGAUCACGACAGACGGUACCUCGGUGUCAGUUUACUUGAAACAUCCUGAAGCUGACAAGUAUGGAAAGCGCAGCGGCGGAGGGAAAAAGUCAGCAAACACAAUGGAGGCAGAGGUUAAAGCGCAAUAUGUGGAGAAAAACUUACCUGCUUGUCGAGUAGCAGAGAAUGUUGUUGUUAUCGACCCAAACAAGCGCGACAUUCUCUACUGCCAAGACAGCAUUGGUACAACAUUUCGCUACACCGCCAACCAGCGAGCCAUGGAGACAGGUAGCCGUCGACAGCAAAAGGAACGACAGCAGAUGAAGAAGGGGGAAAUUGACCUCAUAGAAUCACGUAUCCCUAGCCACAAAACAAUGAACCUCAUGGAUUUUACUCGCUACCUUCUCGUUCGCCGCGCGGAUUCGGAUCGUCGCAAGGAAUUCUACUCACAUCCUGCCCACACGCGGUGGAAGUGGCACUCCUUCAUCAAUCGGCAGCGAAGCGAAUCAGACCUCAUAAGCGCCAUGCGCAACAAAUACGGUGAAAACUUUACCGUUGUGAUGGGUGAUUGGAGCGACGCCGGUCGAACUGCCAGAUUUCAGACCUCAUCAAAGACAAAAGGUUGGCGCACCCUCUUUAAGCGGAACAGGAUCAACUGCUUCCUUCUCGACGAGUACAAGACCUCAUCUGUCUGCCCUCACUGUUCAUCCGAUGACUUCCUUGAAAAAGGCUUCAAAACACGACCUCAUUCAAGACCUUGGCGACGACGAGAAGGCAAUGUUGAAAAAGUCCAUGGAUUGCUGGGUUGUACCAACCCUAACUGUUUGCAGCAAGACUGGACAUCGGGAAUGCGCUACUGGAACAGGGACACACUGAGCACCUGCAAUAUGCUGAUGAUCGUGCAAUCAAUUAUGGAUGGACACGGUAGACCAGAGGUGUUCAGCAGGAGUGUUCCAGCCGUAGCGUAGAUUGGUUAGAUUAGCUUUUCCGAACCGGUUAUCGCCGGUUCAAUCCCUGGUGCGGGUGCUAGUG